CAGAAGAUAGAACUGCCAACGAGUAGAAAAGCAAGAUGAAUGAUGUGAAGCUUGCUGUCUUGGGUGCUGAAGGGACAGGCAAAUCUGCCCUUAUAGUGAGGUUUUUUACCAAGCGAUUCAUUGGAGAAUAUGCUUCUAAUUUUGAAUCAAUCUAUAAUAAGCAUUUGUAUCUGGAAGGAAAGCAGCUGAAUCUGGAAAUAUAUGACUCUUGCUCUCAACCACAGAAAGCAAAAUUUUCCCUCACAAGUGAACUGCACUGGGCGGAUGGGUUUAUUAUUGUGUAUGACAUCAGUGACAGGUCUUCAUUUGCUUUUGCAAAAGCACUGAUCUACAGAAUCAGAGAGCCACAAAGUAGUCAUUGUAAAAGAACUGUGGAAUCAGCAGUGCUUUUGGUUGGCAAUAAGCAAGAUCUCUGUCACGUGAGAGAAGUUGGCUGGGAAGAAGGGCAGAAAUUGGCCUGUGAUUACCGAUGCCAGUUCUCUGAACUGUCUGCAGCAGAACAGUCUCUAGAGGUAGAAAUGAUGUUUAUCAGAGUUAUCAAGGAUAUCCUGACAAACUUCAAACUCAAAGAGAAGAGAAGACCCAGUGGAUCUAAAUCAAUGGCCAAAUUGAUCAAUAAUGUAUUUGGAAAGCGAAGAAAAUCUGUUUAGUAGACAUAUAAUCCUAGGGGAUUUAUUAUAUCAGAGUU